AUGGCCGUGAGCAGCGAGCACUGCAAGGUCAUGGUGGCAGUCGGCGAGUACGUGGAGCGCGAGUGGAAGAAGCACGGCGAGGACAUCGCCGGGAAGAACGGCUACAAGGCAGCUUUCUACCAAGGCGUGCGAGCAGCACGCCCUCCGUUUCCAAUAUUCAUGUACAAUAUCGGGUUGAUGCCGGCGCUGUCCAACGGCGCGCGGGUGAACUUAUGGGGAACGCCAGACCCAGUGUGCUUCCCCGUCCUCAACGUCAACCACAGCCAGUCCCGCAAGAGCCGCCUCACCUCCCUGGCGGAGUCGGCGAUGGCGCACGUGGACUCGUACGUCACCAAGCGCCUGCAGCACAUGUUUGACGCCAAGGACAAGGCGUUCAAGGACAUCAUGGCCGCGAAGAAGCGCAAGACCACGAGGGACUUGCAGGCCGUGGAGACGCAGGCGGAGGGCUCGCUCGGAGCCGCUGGCGAAUCGAACCCGAACGAGCUGGAUGACGGCAAGAGCGGUGGCAUAUUCCCUGGAGUCUGGUCUCACGCCUUCCUCGGCGGUACCAUCGAGCGCGUGCGCGAGCGGUGCGCUGGCGACUUCUCGGUCGCGCACCAGACGAAGGCGGUGGUGAGGCUACCGUCCAUACAGCCCGAAUAUCUUGAGAGGGCAGGGCUGGGUGACCUCGAUAUCGCGGGGAAGGCGAUGGCGACGCAGAGCGGCAUGCAUGGGCGGGUCUGGUACGGCCAGGGGCUCGUGUAUGACGAGAUCUACCAGUUCCUGCAAGAUCUCAGUAUCCUGGACAAGCCGAACGAGGAGAAGUCCGGCGAUGGCCCGGGAGCUGGGCAGACGCCGCUGGCGGGCUGGUUGAAUCGACUCGUGCAGUCCGGAAAGUCCGACCAUGAGACCAAGUCGAACGGCUCGCACGGGGGCCUUGCCUCUCUCCCGGUAUCGACAUCCAUCCUCGGCAACUUCCACCCGACACCGUGCAUCGAGAUGUUGCGCGGCGAGCGGGGCGACCACGGCUGCCAGGCUAAGGCGCGCGUCACCGUGUGCACGGGAUUGCCGGUUCAGCCUCGCGAGAUGUACGUCGAUCUCGACGGCGACGAGUGCCCCGCGGAUUGGGUCGAAAUCCCUCCCAACAUCCAUUCAGCACUCGGCGCGGACAAUGCUUUCAGCUCCGUGAACUCCUUCAAAGCCUUCUUCCACGUCAGGGGCGAGGAUGAGGAGACGGCGGAAGAUGUCGGGGCGGGCGAGGAGGACGCCGCGGUGCGCGUGCGCAUGAGGUUGGGUGAGGGGCGGUACGUGCCCGAGUGGCUUCUCCCGCGGCGCGACAUCACUAUCCCAGCCGAGGCCGACCUGGGCACGAGGGCGGCCGUGCUGACCGAGCACUGCGCCCAGCAGGGCCCGCAUCACGAGAUCGUCCUUUCGGAAGCCGCCAAAGGUAAGUUCGCCUCCUAUUCGACCUACUACAACAUCAUGGUCAAGACCGCUCGCGACGCGAACGACCCGGACAAGGGGGCAAAAAACGGCAUCGGGCCGUGGAAGCUCGGCAUGAUCGCCGCGUGCCUUCUUCUCGCCGACAUCAUGUGGAAUCAGGUGGAGUUCGUGUACAAGGGGAUGCCGUGGGUCAUCCAGGGCACCCACAUGGAGCGCGCGUUCAAGCUGGCGGGCAUCCUCGACGGCAUCCGCACCGCGUUCCGUGACGACGCUGCUGUGGAACGCCUGGCCGUUGGGGACAUUGCAGAUGCGCUUACAGCCACCCGCGCUGAUAAGGAGCUUGACAACGUGAAGAUUGUGAAGAACAUGCCAGGCACGGAAAUUGCGCGCCGCAUGCUCUGUAAGACAUAUGCGUUCACCGUCGAGGACGACGGAGGGAGUCGCGAGGCCCUGGUGGUGCCCGCCAGCAGGGCCCAUGGCUUAUGGACGGUCAAGGAGGCCAAGGACCGCGAUGUCGGGAAGAUGUCGGUGCACGUGUUCCGUGGUGUGGCGAAUGCGUGCCCCCCGAAGCUCGGGCGCUACGAUGCCGACAUCGACGCCCUGGUGCUCGGGCCCGAAGCACUUCCAGAUGGCGAGCCCAGCAUGGAGUUCAAGGAGGCCCAGAACAAUUACGCCAACAUUACCUGGGAGCAAUUGUGCGCCGCGGUCGACAAGAACAAGGUCGAGAACCGCGUGCGGCAAGAAGCGGCCGCGGCAG